CAAUGAACAACAUAACCUUAAAGCUUUUUUUAACUGUAAUUAAAAUAAAUGUUUAAAAUGUAAAUAUUAGCAACAAAAAUUAGUGAAUUAUGUUGAAAAUACGUCCUUUAAAUCGCGAGUCUUUAUCGGACGAAGAUGCGCCUUCAAUUCGUAAAGAAGCCCAAGAAGAAAACGCCUUAGAUUUGUACAACAGCGCGUUACGUUUACAAUGUAAUAAGAAUUAUGAAGAGGCGGAGGCGUUACUCAACCAACUUUUGCAAGAGAACAUCCCGCAAUUGGAAAGCCAAGGCGGUUUACCGAAGACGAUGUCCACCCUUAAAUACUCGUGCUACACGAAUCUCGGCAACAUCUCCAAGGAAAGGAACAACCUCGAUUCGGCCCUGACGAACUAUUCCGCCGCCGCCGAAUUGGACGGGACCGAUGUAACUUUGUGGUACAAAAUUGGAACUCUGGCGCUGCGGCGCGAUCGAUUUCGACACGCCGCGUUCGCGUUUUCGCAAGGUUUGGAGUGCAGCGAGUCGCACUGGCCUUGUCUGGAUAAGCUGAUUACGCUAUUGUUCGCGAUACGCGACACCGUCGGCUGCUUGAGCUACAUAACGAAAGCGCUCAUUUUGGAUCCCGAUUACGGACGAGGUCUCGUGCUCAGACGGGAGAUUUACGAGGCGAACUCCGCAACGCGCGAGUACUACAGGCUGUACAAUCCGGACUACAUUUUAGAGCCGGAUUUAGACGUGGAAAUAGACGAGGCGUACCGUAAGGAGUGCAUGCAAGAGGUGGGGCAGCUGUGCGAUCGAAUUAAUGAAGUGGAAAAGGCUUUGGAGUCGAAACCGCUGCCGUGUAUAUCGUUACCGACCCCCUUGGAAAGCUUCACGUGGAUUGCACUCGGUCGUACAGUUGUGGAUGUUCACCUAUACAUAACGGAAAACAAUAUGAGCCACUUUUGUAAAGUCGAUCUCACGAAGUGUAUGAGUCAGACAAGCGUUACCAAGGGCGAUCUUCCCGAAGAGCCAAAGAGCGAGACCGUACCGAUGGAUACCGAGCAUGUCGUUGAAGAAGUCAUCGACGUGGACAAUAAUCCCGAACGGCGUAUGUCGGUUAACAGCGAGGGUAACGGUUACGUUACCGACUCCGGAGUCGAGAACGUUACCAGCAGUCAGGCCGAGGACAACGACGAGAUCGAUCAGGAUACGGAGGAUCAGGAGGAGAACGUCGAGCAGAAGACGUUUAAGAAGCGCGGUACGAAACGCCGACGCGAUUUGCUGCUCGACCUCCAAAUAUGGGGAUGGCACAGUAAGCGGAAGGCGGUUAAGAAGGGAAAGUCAGAGAAGGAUCUCACCAUCGAAGAUGCGCUUAAAAGGAUCAUUCCGGCGUCUUUAAUGCCAAACGCCCUAAAAGUCCAAAAAUCGAAAAGCACCGAAAUAUCUAUGAAUACAGUGGACAUGUACAAGCUUCUAAUCGGCGAACCUAACAUGACUCCCUCCUCCGUCAAGGACAGAGAGUACUUCGGAUCACAGGCGGAGAAAGACGACGUUCUGCAGUUUUGGACGAUGGAAUGGGAGUGCUGCGACGCCGUUUCUCUGAUCGAACAGUUUGUGAAGGCUUUGGCCAUUCGCUGGUCGUACAAGUGGCCGUUCGAACUUGUGUCGAUUUAUUUGGAAGCGUACCAAAUGUUCAGGGAGCAUUUCGAUCACCCUCAACUGUACGGAGGUCUCUCGACGAUUCGCGAGCUGAAGGAGGACGCGCUCGUCUCGCUCUUGUAUAACGAGCUGAUUUUUUACAACAAACAGUCCGACCCAUCGGAGGGGGUCCGUCCGACCACUUUGGGCCAAUUGCAGCUGCUGAGCGCGUGGGACGAGCACUGGGGGGACGAGUGUGCGUCUUUUUACGUGCGAGUGCACUGGUUGCGCGCGCACAUCUUUAGGAAGAAUCACGAGAACGCCCUCGCCGUGCGAUUUUUGCAACUGGUACAAGAAAUGAUCAUGAAAGAAGAGGAGGAUAAAAAGACAACUUACGAAAUACGGUUUUACAAUUACGACAAGUACGUCUAUAUCAACUUGGAAAUAACCGAAAAGUUACUGCAACAUCUGGAAAUAAUUGAUUCUUUGAGUCAUUUGGAGCACCUGUACAACGCAAAAUCGUACAGAGAGGUGACGAAUAUUCUCCAGGCAACGUUCGUGUGUAUAGGCAACCCACCGACGUUCGGCAGGAUGGGCCGUCCCGCCCAGCUCGGAAUGCUAAUGGAUUCCCUCUGGUUUUUGGACAAGGCCGAGUGCUUCCUGUGGUCGGAGAAGUGCUUCCAGGAGGCCGUCGAGCGUUUCACCAAUCCGCCGAAGGACGCCGACAAGUGGGAGCUGGUCCUGAAGAAGUGCCUCGAGAUGAUGCACGACGUUAUCAAGACGGAAACGGUCGCGAUCAUCGACGUGCUGCCGCCCGAACAGAACGUGCGCCUGAUCGAGAAUUUGUGCCGCACCGUUUGCUUUCAGCUCAAUUCGGAGAGGGCCGGCAUUCCGUUGGGCACGAUUUUACCGUGGAUGGUGCUGCAUUUUGUGCUCUUACGGCAGGAGCACCGAGAGCAGGCGAAGAAAUCGGUGAGCCACAUACGAAAGAAGCGCAAGCCGAAUUUCCCAGACGACGCGGGCGAAGGGGAAGAGAGGGAGCUGCCGCCGUCCAUAAACGUCUUAUUCUCUGCGCACGACUUCUUAGGUCGCAAGAGCUGGUGCCUGACAUCUCAGGGGGAGCUGCUGCAUUUCAUCAUCGACACAAUUCUGGAUCGUCUCGACACGCCGAUCUUCGAACCUUUACGCGAACGCAUCGACAUUCACCUCGAACAGGCGUUCUUCUGCCUUUAUCAGCAUCCCAGUAAAAAGAACAAGGUGUCCCGCCACCUGGCGGAUCACAACGUGAACCCCCUACCGUUAGUGUGGGAGCGCGCCCAGCAACUCUACGAGUUCUUCUGCCCGGACGUCUUGCCCGAGUUCGACUCGUACAAGUCGCUGUCGAUAUUAUCCGAUGUCGAGCAGCUUCUGCAACGAAUCAUAGCUCUGGUCCCCGGCAAGUGCGAUCCUCAACCGCUCGUCCCGAAGACCUCCGAUUUCGUGCACGGCCACUGCGACGAGUUGCCGAAUCCGAUGGGGUUCCCCAACAAAAUUCGCGCCGCCUACUACCUACUCGGCGACUACUAUUUUAAGCAAAACGAGAUCGGGCGCAGCGUCAAGUAUUUCCUGCUCGAUCUGUGCGUCAAUCCGCUUCGUCUGGACACGUGGGCCGAUCUCGCGUUGGGCAUCGGCAGUCAGCUCGAAAAUAAGCUCAAUCACUGCGAGCGAUUCAAGAACGAAAACGACUUCUUCGACAAGGCGAAGAGCGCGUGCGUCUGCUUUAAGAAGGCGUUGGAGAUAGCGCCCAAGCACAUCACCUUGUGGAUCGAGUUCGGCGCCUUCGAGUACAUGGCCCACUCGUUUUGCUCGCGCCUUCUGAAGUAUGACUCGGAUACUUUCAGCAUCGAAAAGUUCGAAAUUCUCGAAAACAAAAAGGAAAAUUACCUGGAAAGUGCGGGCAACAGUUUCACGAAGGCGCUCGAUCUAUACCGACCGGAGCAGACGGAGGCCGACGAACGUUGGCUACACAACUAUAUGAUCGGCAAGGUGGCCGAAAAACGUCGCAAGGAACCCGUCGAAUAUUUGCAGAACUACCUAACGGCAGCCGCGCUGCUAAACGAAAACAACGCCAUCUACCCGGACAAGAUAAACUAUCACAAUCCGCAGCAUUUGUCGAUCGAGGCGUUGGAGAUCCACUACAGGAUACACGCGUCGAUCUUGAAGUACUUGGAGCUGCACGAGGGCAAGAGCGUUACGACGGUGAUCGGGAAAAUGCUGAAGAAGUGCUUGGACACGUGCAAACUGUACGAGACUACCACGCACUUCGCCGGCGAUACCGCCGAGAAGCAAGAGGGCGACGACAUGGCCGUGAUCGUUAAGUGCGUCGAGGACAUGCUCGCGCAGGUCGUGAAGAUGCAAGACGGCGAGCCGAAGGCGCCCGAUGUCGAAGUUCGGAAAUCCAUCGACGAGGCGACCACGUCGUCCUCGAGCGACAGCUCCGAUUCGGACUCGGACAGCGACGACUCGAGCUCGUCGUCUUCGAGCACCUCCUCCGAAACCAGCCCUCACCUUUCCAACUCGGACAUUCUCAACCUGGUGGACCGUUGCAUCGUCGGACUGGAGCAGUGCGUUAUACGCUUCCCGCAGAAUUACAAGGCGCUCUACCGAUUGGUCCACCUGCACUUCCACUACAAGGCGCGAAAGGAUCUCUCGAAGUGCAGACAUUUACUGCUGCACGAGUACAAGUGCAAAAAUGGAGCGGUGGUUUCCGGACUGUUCUCCGAUCGGAAGUUAAACAAUUUUUUUAAUGGCGUCUGGCGGAUUCCGUCGAGCGAGAUCGACCGACCCGGUUCGCUGUCGGCGCAUAUGGCCAGGUGCGUCACCAUCCUCCUGCAGGUGCUGCGGCAGAGCAACGACCACAAGACGCUCUUGGACGUUUGCCUGCAAUUGCGACGAAUACCCGACGCCGAUAAGGUAUACAUACGGCACAACGAGCGCGAGCAACUCUCCGAGCAGGCGCUUUCGCUGUGCGUUCAGGCGCUUCGCGAACAAGUGAAGAGCACCAAUAGCACCGGAUCCCUGCAGAGGCUGCUUAUGGAUAUAUUUCGUUCGUAUCAAAGGAUUCAGAAACAUGUGCCCAGUAAGGAAGCGACGUUCGCCGCGAUGUUGGGGGAGGUUUAUAAAAAAACUUUGGUCGAGAAGCUACCCGAAAAUGUGAGUGUACUGGAUUUAGCUGUCAAACAUUGCCAGCAACACAAAGCGGCGGAAAAGUUGAAACAGCAAAAGCAGCCGCCGCCGCCACCACCGCCACCUGUCGUUUCGGGAGCUCCCGUCGUGCUGCCUGCUCCUUCGACGGUUACGGCAAACACGCAACCCAUGAAACGUCCGCCCAUAGGAAGACCGCGAGGGCGCCCGCCGGGCCCGAAACAGCCGGGACUGAUGCGAACGUCGAGAGGUCGCGGCUCCUCCUCUGCACCUAACUCGUCCGCCUGGCAGAAGAUGAUGUACGAACAAAAAUCGAUGAAGUACAUGCUCGAUUACCAAGAAGAACUCAUGCGUCAGUAUAACACCUUGGCGAAGAUGACGUUUCAGAACCAGUUCAACCAAUACACUCACCCCACCUCCCAACCCUCGCUACUCAACCCCAGCCAGCUAGUUCAAACCAUGUCGCAGAUGAGCGCCGGAAUUAAUCCGUUAGCGAUCAGCCAGUUCGCGCAGAGCCUUAGCAAUCUGAACCCCAACCUACUCAAGAAAAUCAUCGACCAGUGCAGUCCGAGCUUCAACGCCAACCUGGCGAGCUGGCUGGGUAGCGAUACGCUCAAGCAAAAGUCGACGCCCACCCCGUCGACUAGCCAACCGAAGCCGACCUACACCAUGGCCGGUUUCGGCAGCCACUUUCAACCGUCGACAUCAAAACAGGAGUCGCUCAAGACAAAAACCGAGGAUCGAAAAUUACCCGGCGAUUUCAAAGCGGCGGCCAGCAUGUUCGCCGAACGGCCGAAUAUUACUAUCAUUCCCGUGACGCAGGCGAACGCGCCGCCGCCGCCUCCCCAACCGUACGCUACGACGGGAAAAACGUUACAGGAGAAACUGGCCGAUAAACAAAAACAGCAUACGAUCAAGAAGAACUUGGAAAAAGGUAAAAGAGUUCAGCCUACAAACUUCUCCUCACCUAGUAGUAUUCCGCAUGUUAAUCUGCCAACAUUUUCCCUGGAUUCUGGAGUAUCUAUUACUCAGGUGGGAACCCAGUUAGACCAGCGGGCUUCUGGUAACACGAAACAAAAAACGCAGCCGAAGACCGCCCCCGUAUCCGAUCUCAGCCUACCUCCCAACCUACCGAUGGAAGUUAGCGUAAUUAAGGCGGGGCGAAAUGAAAACAAAGAGUCUUCCGACGACGAUGUAAUUAUCAUAGAAUAGUACAACUAGAUAUGUAUUACGAGAGGUUGAAAUAAAGUCGUUCGUUUAAUCCGAUCUCGACGCACGGAUCAGGUAGCGUUUGUAUCGGAACACUUUGGUGCA